AUGAGAAGAUUGUGUAUUUUGCCGACGAUUUUUGCUUAUUAUGCAACGUACGAUGACGAGAAAAAUGCGUAUUAUGACCAAGGCUACAACUCCGAAAGUUCAGAAUUCUCGGCUUCUACCUACCCUCCUGAAUACUAUCAAAAUUACGAUGCCCUUUACGAGGAAAACUCACACGAAGAGAAUCUGGUCCCGGAUGAAUAUGCGCUUGAAAAUUUAGAUAUCGAGGCUCCUGAUGUUUCCUUUCAAUAUUUUCCUGAAACGACGGAAUAUGAAACGACAACAACGACUGCUCCGACAACUUCUACGACCACAUCAACAACAUCAUCGACAACAUCGACGACAACAACAACGACAAGUUCAACAACAAGCACAUCUACCACAACUGAACUUCACAGAGAACCUGACAGCAGAACACCGUAUUUUGAUCCCUCAUUUCCUGAGUUGGGCGACAUAACAGACCAUCAAGAAUUCCUCAAAAAAGUUUGGGACAUGUUCAGCGGCGGGCAAAUCUCAGCCGAAGAACUCAAACAAGCAAUUGAAUACAAGCUCAAAGAUCUUCAGCCCCUCGUUAUCCUGGAUCAAGCCGAUGGCAGAACAUCUCUUUCCGUCGAAGCAAAUAGAAACGGCCACGUGUUCAAUUUCAAAUCAGAGUUCACAACCAGCAGGGCAAAUCGUCAAGGCGCACCGAAACUAAACAGACAAGAAGUCUAUCCAACUCCAAAACCGACAACGACCAAAUCGACGACAAGAAAUAUCUGGAAACCGCCGACAACAAAAACGUCAACAACGAGGACCACCACGACAACUCAAGAGCCAAAAAUUUAUCAAAGGGAUUUCGCGCAGCCGAGGGUCAGUUAUACAACUGUCAGACCCUUGCCACAACCAUUCAGACCGAAUCAGUGUGGAGGAGUGAUUCAUGUUGAUGGAACCGUAAACCUCUUUGAUUUCAUCCGAGAUCGAGCAUCAGGAGAAGCGUGUACUCUAAUCCUCGAAGCAUCGUCUAAACAUUCCAAGCUUAGCUUAGAAUACCAAUCAACCGAUCGAUCUUCAUUGUACGUCUACGACACGCCAUUCAAAUUCGACGACAGGUACCUCCCUCAGUCGGGCAUUUUCCCACGCUCCAAACCACUAAGUUCCUCUGGGCAGUACCUUUACAUCGAAUACUUACUCGCCUACGGCUACAAUCUCGACGAUCCUCAGGCAAUCUUCCGCGUGACAUCCGAAAGCACAAGCUAUGCAGCUGUAGAGGAAGUAGUCAAACGAGAAAUCGAAAAACUACGAGGCGAAUUUCAUGAAAACACAAACAUUGCUGUUCGAUCACAAGCGCUGGCGGCGAAGAAGAUUGAGCAUAAUGAGAGACAAGCAAGAAAUGAAAUCGAAGCGCUGAAGAAUGCAUUUGUCGUGGAAAGAGAAGCUUUUCAGAAGAAAUAUGCGCUGCUAGAAAAGUCCGAUUUCGACAAAGAAUUGAGCUUCGUAAAGACUGAAAUUUUCAACUCGACCAGAACAAAAAUCGAGCAAGUCAGAAUUUUGUCCAAAGAAAAUCUUGAGCAAUGCAAAGGAGAUGUCGCAAGUGCUUUGAAGCAGCUGACAUCGUUUUACGAGGAAAUUCCAAAGAUCAAGUCUCAACACGACAAUUACAAAAUGGCGAAUGCGAAGAACUUCCGCGACUUGGAUACAAAAUUCAUUCAGCUAGAAAGAACAAUUUCCAUCAAUAACCAGUCAAUUUCUACGAUAAAAAAUCAGAAGCGUUUUGCCUUCCAGAGAGUUAUCGAUUGCGAUGGAACGGAUGACCGAUGCCUUGAAAAGAUGAUGCAACGACAGCAACUUUUCUUCUACCCAACGCAUCUGAACCUCGACACUUCAGAAGAAUACGACAUCGGCAAAAACUUCGGCGUCGGUGAAAAAUCCAACGAAAUUCACAUCACCGAUACUGGAAUCUACCGUUUUACUGUCAGAGUCAAUGUGUUUUUCCAACCAAAUGACAAGACGAAACGAUUGCUGAAGCGACUUGGAGGAACGCUUUAUUUUGACCUGAUUCAGCGGCAAGAAGGAUCGGUGAAUUGGAGCAGAGUGAAUGUGAGAAUCGAAGUCAAUGCGAAUAACAACAGCCAGUUUACGAGGAGAUCUGGGGUGCCUUCUGAAGAACUAAGAUUUGUUGGUCAUGGAAGCGUAUCCGUGGCCCUGAACGCUGGCUCAAUUAUUGCGAUGAAAGAAGAAAAACUCUUGUCGAAGCUUACCCCCGAAAUGGGCCAAAGAAAACUCCCGACAAAAGGAACAAACAUCAUCUUUUCCGGAAUCCUAGAAGUGCCACUUUACGACAAUAAAUUUAUUCGCGAGUAUUGA